AUCAAGUUAGUUGAUAACGUGAAUUAUUAUUGUAAAUAUCGCAAAAGAUAGUUUACCAUCAAUGGAAAACUCGUAUAUAGUGAUUGCAAUACUAUUAGGACAGUUAUAAUCAUUUCCUCGGCCAAAAUGCAUCCCGUAGCACUGACAACAAGCACCAAUUCGGCUUUCAGUAAACUAAGUCCUUCAAACUCGGAAGCUAAUUCAGAGACUCAGACUUCUAAAUCAUCACAAAACAUGUCAUCGACCCAGUCAUCGCCGAAGUCAUCCACAGUCACUUCAAGAUCUCCACCUCCACCCCAGAAACAUGUGCUAAAAUUCAGUGUGGACUCAAUGUUGUCUGAAAAAUGUGUCCCCCCAAGAGAGGAGUGCAGGGAGAGGUCCCGCACCCCAGACUCUGUCACCUCAGAGGAAGAAUGUCCCAGGGAAUCUACCCCUAAAAUUAACAAUUCCAUGACGCCCUUCUCAAUGGAGGGAAUUCUGAACAAACAGCAUUCAAUGCUUCGGUCCGACACUGUCCCAUCAGCCAUCAUGUCGCAUGUCGCCUCGGAACGCUGGAACAGUUUCUAUGGAAAUACCACAUUUCCAUGGCUCCCGGGCUCCAUAUCCCCACCAAAAGUUUCAGAUCCAGCAAGCCCCCCAAGAAUUAAUCCUCAGAAAUGCACCUUACGAAAACACAAAACAAACAGAAAACCAAGAACACCAUUCACGACAUCACAGCUUUUAGCUCUGGAGCGAAAAUUUCGUCAAAAACAGUAUCUCUCAAUAGCAGAGAGAGCAGAGUUUUCAGCUUCUCUCAAUCUCACAGAGACUCAAGUCAAAAUUUGGUUCCAAAACAGGAGAGCCAAAGCCAAGCGUCUUCAUGAAGCAGAGCUGGAGAAAUUAAAAAUGGCGAGUAAGCCCAUGCUUCCGCCAGCCAUUGGUGUGACAUUUCCCGCCGCCGCGGCGUUAUAUGCUGGACAGUAUGCCCGACCCCAGAGUUUUGCCCAUUCAUUCCUCACCCCAUUUAGUUAUGCACUGACCCCGGGCAACAUGGGGAUGUCAUUUCCUCAUUGAGAAAUUUUACUUUAGAGUAAAUGUGUGGACCAUUUUGAAUGAGGGGUCAAUACGUUUUACAAUAUUGUCUCCGUCAGUGUGUGCCAAAGGUGAAAUAGUUCUGUGUUUGUGACUAAGUGCUAUAUGAGUGGAUAUAGUGCUAGCGUACGUGACUUAUCCUAGCGGGACACCACUGAGACAGAACUAUAGUGCUCAAAGGUAGCGACCAUCUGAACUGUUACCAGUCCCUCGGAUUAGGUGAUAUUCAAACUGAUCAAAAGGAAAACACUUCCUUUUUUUGUAAGGCAUUAUGUAAGAUUGAGCAAUGGGUGUUCUUUUAAAAGAACAUGUUAAUUUUUAUUUUAUAGAAUUUCAAAUUAAAAGCCAAAUUGAAUUAGUAAAA